UGCCAGCGACCAGCGUCACCGUAACCCCAAUGAAAACACAGCACAUCGAGCUAAAGAGGCUAGUUAGCGCUCACCGCCCGCGAAUUUCACCUGUCAGCACAUCGACCCACGCACACACACACACACACACACACACCGGCUUACUUCGACGAAGCGCAUGACCUGGGAUGUCUGCGGCCGACUGGUACGCCCACAAAUCGCUCGGAGACGGACUCUUCUGGAUCCAGGAGCGUUUCUUCCAGUCGGAGAACCGGGCCAACAUCUGGCUGCUCCGCGGCUCGCACCAGGACGUGGUCGUCGACACCGGCCUGGGCUUGAGGAGCCUGCCUGAAUACAUCGACGCCAAGGGGCUGCUGGGCAAAGACCCGCAGAGGAAGAACCCGCUGCUGGCCAUCGCCACCCACGCCCACUUCGACCACUCGGGCGGCCUGCAUCAGUUCCAACAGGUGGGCGUCCACAGCGCCGAGGUCGAUGCCCUGGCCAACGGAGACAACUUCGAGACGGUCACCUGGCUCAGCGACCGGGAGAUAGUCGAGGCUCCCUCUCCAGGGUGGAGGGCCAGGCACUACAAGGUGAAGGCUGUGCAGGCCACGCACAUCCUGCAGGAGGGUGAUGUCAUCAACCUGGGUGACCGACAGCUGACGGUGCUCCACAUGCCUGGUCACUCUCGGGGCAGCAUCUGCCUCCACGACCGUGACAACAAGAUGCUCUUCAGCGGGGACGUGGUGUAUGACGGCGCCAUGAUUGACUGGCUGCCCUACAGCCGCGUCAGUGAUUACAUCAGUAGCUGCGAGCGUUUGGUGGGGCUGGUGGACAGCGAACAGGUGGACCAAGUCCUCCCAGGACACUACAACACCUUUGGUGCCAAGCGGCUCCACAGGCUUGCGUCCUCAUAUAUCAGCAGAGCCGGAACGUGCCCCGCGAAGUUCUCCACAUUUGCCUGGAGAACCCUGGCGGGGGCUGCGCUGCGGGCAUCCAACCCACGGAGUGCCUGCUAAUGAGAGGGGGAUCACGGAGCCGGAGGAAGCAACAGUGCACUCUCGUUUGUCUGUAACAUUGUUACUUAUGUAAUCCAACGGAGCUCACGCAAUUGCCAAACUUUGUGAAAAAUGUCCCCAUUGGAUUACAUAAAUCAAUAAUCCGCAUCACAUGAAGCAUAUAAUAUAAAGUAUUUACUAGUGUGAUUGUAUUAUAUACUGAUUAUUAUGUAUAUGUUGGUCUGAAUACAAUUAGAUUUAUGAUUUUUUUUUUUUAUACAUUGAGCAGAUGCUUAAUUUCAAGAGCACAACAAUGAUACAACUCUGUACUACAAACAGAAACCAGGGAGCUUUGGGUUUUCCGCUGAGACAUUUGAAACAGAGUCAAUAUGGCCAUAGUAUUUCUCUAUGCAUACUAUAAUGCUCAGUGAAGACUCAGCGUCGACUACCUCCUAUGUUUGUUAGAGUGCUUUGUAGUAUUUACUUAUCUACUACGGCUUUGCUAUCGAAACCUUGACAAUAAAGCCUCUGUUCUA